CAGAGUCAUUAAUUGGUAAAAAUAAAAUGAUAAACCUCACACAUUCACCGAAAAAUUUAAAGAAUUUUAUUUACAUUGUAUUUUCUAAAUAAUUUGUGCAUAAAUAUACUUUUAUUAAUAUUGCUUUAUAACUAACUUAAGUGAAAAUUGAGAGGUGUCGAGGAAGUGCAUCAUAGAUAAUAGAAAGGAGGAUUUCACGGAAUCAGAGACAACAGUGACAAGAAUGCAAGAUGCGAAAGUCACAGGACAAAAACAAAUGUGCUUGUGACCAACAAGAGGCGUCGUCAAUAAUAGUUUGAGUGAUGUGAUUCGUUAAUUACAUUUUUGGUACUUUUGUGUAAACGUUGGUGGAGUUUUAUGUUUUUAUAGACCGAUUUUUGGGUUAUUUUUUAAACAUGCAUCUUAACGCGGACAUUUCAAGUGCUCUUCAGUUGCUCGAAGAUAUCAAGCAAACAGUGGACGACUUAGGAGAUCCAAAACUCCAAUUAAACACUCAUCAGGACCUAAAUUUGUUAAUUUCUGUCUUAGAAAAUCCAGUAUUUAGAAGUAUUGUUACGGUUCAAGAUUCAUUAAGUGAAUUAAACCAACAAUUAGGUCAACAUCCCUCCAUUUUGCCUGUUGAUUUUGAUAUAACAGCAGCAGGUGAAUUAGUUCUUAAUGUCCCACCAGCUGGUGAGUUAUACGACCCAGAUUAUGCAGAUUAUCAAUCUAGAGAUUUUGAUGAACAAAGAGUACCUUCAGCUCCUAUAUCGCCAAACUCACCACAGACUUCUACAUUUGCUUCGACAGACAAUAAAAUGCUUUCUCUACUUAACAAUCAGAAGCUAAAUGGCACCCUAAAUAAUGAGGGGUUUCGGUUGUUGCAGGGAAAUAGCUUUAACCAUGAAGAUGAUAUUAUCCAUAGAUCACCCUCCAUUGGCAGUGAUGCUUCCAAAACUGGAUCUGACAAUUUGAUUACUAGUGAAUGGUCUCAAGUUGAAAGCAUUGAUCUUAUAAAUGAUGGGACCGGACUAGGGUUUGGCAUAGUUGGAAUGAGGAAUAUGGGGGUGGUAGUUAAAACAAUUUUACCAGGUGGAGUGGCAGAUAGAGAUGGAAGAUUACAAAGUGGUGAUCAUAUAUUACAGAUCGGGGAUGUAAAUCUGCAUGAGAUGGGUUCAGAACAGGUAGCUACUGUAUUAAGACAAUCUGGUACUCAUGUGAGAUUAAUAGUGGCCAGACCUGUAGAUAUUUCUUCCACAGAAUACAAAUAUUUAGGAAGUUCUGCCCCAAUAGUGCCUACCAGACUACUGCCUGAUGCUCAUGAAUUAGAUAAGUACCUUGUGCAACAUAAAUACUCACCUAUAUUUGGAAAGGAUACUGAUGUCCUUGCAAAUGAUUUACCACAGUCAUAUGGCAUGUCAAGAAUACCUGCCUCUCCGUCGUUGCCUUUGCUGAAUUUGGAUAUGGCAGUUAAAAUACCAGAAAUGGAAAAGUUUGUAGUAGAACUAAAGAAAGAUGCAAAUGGUCUUGGUAUAACUAUUGCGGGUUAUGUAUGUGAAAAGGAGGAAUUAUCGGGUAUAUUUGUAAAAAGUGUAAGCAAAGGUAGCGCGGCUGAUAUAAGUGGAAGAAUAAAAGUAAAUGAUAGGAUUGUGGAAGUUGAUGGCCAGUCUCUCCAAGGAUAUUCCAACAUUCAGGCAGUGGAAGUGUUAAGGAAUUGUGGCAACGUAGUAAAACUGUGUUUGGAAAGAUAUCUGCAUGGCCCAAAAUUUGAGCAACUUCAACAAGCAAUUGCAGCCAGUGAAACAAAGCCUCCAUCACCUACUCUUACACCGUCACGAUAUCCUAAUGAAGAAGGGGGUCUCUUAAAUGGAGGUGAUCACCACGAACUCUUUACCAGCAACUUUGUUAAAAAAGAAGAUCCACCUAUGCUAUCUGAAGAAGAAUUAAUAAAGAAGUGGUCUAAAGUGAUGGGCCCGGAUAUAGAAAUUGUUGUUGCUCAUUUGACAAAAUUUGGAGAAAAGGGAGGUUUAGGAAUAAGUUUGGAAGGUACUGUAGAUGUUGAAGAUGGUCAAGAGGUUAGACCACAUCAUUAUAUACGAUCAAUACUUGCCGAGGGACCAGUUGGAAAAAACGGUACUUUGCGAUCUGGUGAUGAACUCCUUGAGGUUAACGGCCACAAACUUUUGGGAAUGAACCACCAUGAGGUUGUCAGUAUACUUAAGGAAUUGCCCAUCAAUGUUUGUUUGGUCUGUGGCCGUAGCCCUAACAAUCUUUUUAUACAAAGGGAAGAGACUUUUCCAGAAAGGGCAGCAUUAACGCGAAGCCUUAACAAUUUACUACCAGCAUCAGAUCGCUUGGUAAAAGCAAAAUCAGAUGGGUCAUUAGCUAGCAGUAUAGCAGUAGCAGGUUCUGAUACCUCUUUUUCUAAAAUGAAAUCACGUUCUCUAGAACCUCUUACUGGUCUAGCAAUGUGGAGUUCUGAGCCUCAAAUAAUUGAGUUAAUCAAAGGGGAAAGAGGCCUUGGAUUUUCAAUUUUGGAUUACCAAGAUCCCAUUGAUCCAAAUGACACUGUAAUUGUGAUUAGAAGUUUAGUGCCUGGAGGAGUUGCCCAGUUAGAUGGGAGAUUAAUUCCGGGCGACCGUUUAUUGUUUGUUAAUGAUACAGUUCUGGAAAACGCUUCGCUAGACCAAGCAGUACAGGCACUAAAAGGAGCACCAAAAGGAAUAGUAAGGAUAGGUGUCGCAAAACCUUUGCCUAUUCCAGACACUGUAGCUCAUAGUUCUUUGCUAGAUGUGGAUCCUAACAGAUAUUUAACUAAUUCUUAUAACUGAAGUCUUAAAAUUUUGCAAAUGUCAUCCUCUGACAGCCAGAGAUGUGGUCCAAUGAAACAUGGUUUUUGGCAGACACUUUACCUGCCAUGGAUGUAAUUAUUAAUUUAUUAUAAAUUUGUUGGGUUAAUUGGGAAAAUUAUGUCAUUUCCACCUAACGUCGGGAAUGCUCUUAUUUUCUGUUUAGUAAAAAACAACAGUCUACAAUCGCGAUUGUGAUAUACAUGUAUCAAUAGUAGCACCAAUGUCUAAUAAUUUUAUCCUGAGUAAGCUCUCUAGCAAUAGCAAUUUGUAAUAAUGU